UAUAUAUAUAGAGAGAAACACUUGAACUUGAAACAAAACACAAAUAUUUCCCCCUAAGAUAUAAUUUCCAAGUCAUGGAUUAUAUCUUAAAGAUUUUGUGUGUUUUUUCUGUACUCUAUUCCUUUUCAAAACUUUUCAACUUGUUUCUUAAACGUAGAAACCAAUCAUGUUACAUGUUAGCCUAUGAGUGUUUCAAACCAAAGGAAGAAACAAAACUCAACACAAACACAUGUGCAAAAAUAGUCCUAAGAAACAAAAACCUUGGUCUAGAGGAAUACAGGUUUCUCUUAAAAACCAUGGUUAGUUCAGGAAUCGGCGAAAACACAUACUGUCCGAAAAACGUUCUUGAAGGAAGAGAAGCAUGUCCAAAUCUCAAAGACACAAAUGAAGAAAUAGAUGAAAUCAUGUUUGAUACACUCGACAACCUUUUCAAAAAAACAUGUUUCUCUCCUUCGGAAAUCGAUAUUCUUGUUGUUAAUGUUUCGUUGUUUUCACCAAUACCUUCACUGACUGCAAGAAUAAUAAACCGAUACAAAACGAGAGAAGAUGUAAAAGUCUUCAAUCUUGCAGGAAUGGGGUGUAGUGCAAGUGUUGUAGCUAUUGAUCUUGUGCAACAGCUUUUCAAAACACAUGAAAACUCCUUAGGAAUUGUUGUUAGCACAGAAGAUCUUGGUUCUCAUUGGUACUGUGGAAAGGACAAAAAAAUGAUGUUAUCUAACUGUCUUUUUCGUUCAGGUGGUUGUUCGAUGCUAUUCACAAACAAAACGGAGCUGAAAAACAAAGCUAUCUUGAAACUGAAACACAUGGAGAGAACACAGUAUGGUGCUGAUGAUGAAGCUUACAGUUGUUGCAUACAAGUGGAAGAUGAAGAAGGUUUUGCAGGUUUUCUACUAACCAAAAGUCUUGUUAAAUGUGCUGCACAAGCUUUGACAGUAAACUUGCAAAGUAUGGUUCCAAAGAUUCUCCCACUUUGGGAACUGGUACGGUUUUUUUCAGUUUCUCUAUGCAACAGUAUGAAGAAAAUUCAGUUGGAAAAUAUUUUUUCAGCAAUUUUUAGCCACGGCGCUAAAACGGUUAAAAAGCCGAUAUUUAAUGUGUUAGGAGGGGGAAUAAAUUUGAAAACUGGUAUAGAACAUUUUUGUGUUCAUCCUGGUGGUAGAGCAGUGGUUGAUGGAGUUGGAAAGGGUUUAAGAUUGAAUGAAUAUGAUCUUGAACCAGCUAGAAUGGCACUUCAUCGUUGGGGUAAUACUUCUGCUGGUGGAUUAUGGUAUGUUUUAGGUUAUAUGGAAGCCAAAAAGAGACUGAAAAAAGGUGAUAGAAUUUUGAUGAUUAGUCUUGGAGCUGGUUUUAAGUGUAACAAUUGUGUUUGGGAAGUGAUGAGAGAUUUAUCUGAUACUAAUGUUUGGACAGAUUCUAUUGAAAGUUAUCCUCCACCAUCACUGAUGAAUCCAUUUAAGGAAAAGUAUGAUUGGAUUCAUGAUGAGUAUCUUAGCUUUGUGAGGUUGGAUACUAGCAGGAUGAAGAUUAAUUAAGAGAUGAAAUCAUACAGAAAGAUACAGUUUGAUAGGAGAAAAAAGGAAAAAAUUACAUAUCUUAUACAAAUUUUAAGAAUUUGUGGGAACUUUUUAAAAUAUUUGUUCUAGUUUAUUUAUGUUUAAAGAUGAUUAUAAUAAUGUAUUAUUUGGUUAGAAGAGGUGAAAAGCAAGUGUAACCUCAGAACCAUUGUGUGUUAUUGAUAGAUUAAAUAAAGUUCAUGUCAUUAAUAUGUGUAUAUCAUAUUGGUGUAUGAUGAUUAAAUAUAUAAAUAUAAAUAUAUAAAUAUAUGUACAACUUGUGAGAGUUUAAUGACCUUUUUUUU